GCCCCCUCCCCUCCCCCAGACCGCAGCUCGCCGGCACUGGGUAGCGGCGCUCGCGCGUCAACUAAGAAAUUCGGCUGCAGUAGCAAAUAUUUUGCUUCGCGUAUUCUUACAGCUAUUACAUGCAUGGGAAUCAGAUGCAUCGAAGCCUGUUGAUGAAGUUUGCUGAACUUCUUUUCGACAUGCGUUUUUUUCCCAUGAGAACUUGACUGAGUAAGCAUUUCAUUAAGCAGAAAAAGAACUAGAUACGACCUACGGACGAAAACAAAAACCACAGGAACAAAGACUGUACGAACUAUACGGCACAAAGCACGGGAACGAUCAGGUUUGUUGGGUCCUUGGUUUCUUGGCCCAAACAGGGAACAUGCAAAGGAAAAAUACUUCAAGACCUUCAGGAGCGCUGGAUAAUGUAAUUUUUCUGAAGAUCAAAAAUUGAUUAUAGUGAGAAGGUCAAGAGUAUUUAUAUUCCUAACCCUCUAUCAUUUUUACAUGGGUUGGCACUCAAAAUUGGCACAUGACAAGAUUUGCUAGCAAUCUGGGCGAACCGGUCUGACCUGUCAUACAAACCAGUCAGACCGGUCAGGACAACUUUGUCAAAUUGUCAAUUGGACUUCACCAUUGUGUAGAUCUCGUCGAGGUGAUCGAAAUGCAUAUAUAGAUACAAACCGGUCAGACCGGUCAGGACAACUUUGUCAAAUUGUCAAUUGGACUUCACCAUUGCGUAGAUCUCGUCGAGAUGAUCGAAAUGCAUAUAUAGAACAUCCAAUUUGGAAUCCGGAUGAGGAGAUUAUGCCUCCCGGAAGACCUGCACCCCGGUCUGACCGGUCAUACCGGUCCAGGGGCGGUCAGACCGAUCCAGAGACCGGUCAGACCAGUCCGAAAAGUCCAGUCCGAGUUAGGAGUUGUAUUUUGAUGCGGGAUUUGUAAGGGUUUCGACUCCUAAAGGGUACAGACUACCCCACCCUAUAAAUAUAAAGAGUUACGGCCGAUUGAUACACAUCCAAUCGAACAAAUCAACUUUUACCUCUCUACAAACCCUAAUUCUCUUCCAACCUCUCCAUGCUGUUCGUCUUCUGAUCUCCAUGACCAAAGAUGGCGUCCUAAGGCUUGCUGGUCAACCUAGGGCACGUCCGGCGACGUUCACACCCUGACGGGAUCCCUCCCGGGCGAGAGCUUCGACGGCCUUUGCUAGUUUGCUUGUAAACUAGUCGUUCUUCGUCACGUAAGCACGUUGGUUAUCUCUUUACUGGUUUGCUUGUAAAUUUUGCCAUUCUUCACUACGUAAGUUUGAUAGUUAUCCCUCGAGACGACCGAUUUCGGCGAAACCCUAGAGACCGGUCCGACCGGUCUGCUCAACCGGUCUAACCGGUCUGGAUGGCCUUGCUGCCCUUCGGUCCAUUUGCGACUCGCACACUCGAGUGCUCUCGAAACUUGCGUCAACACAAAUUUGGCGACUCCGCUGGGGACGAAAGAUCUGGUUGCUUCAACCGUUCUAUCAAACCCUAGCCAAUUACGUACCUAAUUGAUCCACUAUUUUUUGGUUCGCCAUUAUUUUGCAUUUGGUCUUUUAGAUCGAUUGCAUCUACAUAUUGUGGUAUUGCAUCAGGCUGCUCAAGCCGAUUGCAUUCUAUUUUGCUUGCUGUUGCACAUCGAAGAUCAAAAGAAAAACAAAGGGCUAGUCAUUGAUUGCUUGGAUUAUCAAGGAACUUUGGAUUUAUUGAUCACAAGACCAGAAGUAUCAAGACCUACUAAGAAGCAUACAUGGCGGGUUAUUCUUAUGCUCCACAGCGAUAUUACUACACCACGCCUGAGGUACAGCAUACAGAAACAUUACAUGUUCCUAAUAAUUAUUGUGCUAGUACCACAAAUUCUUAUGUUGAUGUUGCUAGAUAUAAUAAUAGUAUGCAUAUUGCAUCGGCUAGUCAUUGUUUAGAUAAUGCUUUUUAUUAUGCACAUCAUAAAAACUAUAUGCAAAGGCCCAUGUCAAAUAAUAUGCAUACUUUGAAUUUUCAUGCUACUAGCAACAUUCAACAUACACCUUUUCAUACAUCGGCAGCGGAACAAGUUUAUAUGCCGAUGAGCAAUUAUCGAGGCCAAACUAAUGUAGUGAGUUCGGCCAAUCUUUAUGAUGCACCAUAUGCUAAUAAUUCUAGUACUAUUCAGCAAGGUGUUUCAUAUAUUAAUUCAUCGGCAGCAAGUUCACAAUAUUUAACUUCAUCACGGAGUAUGCCGAUGAAUGAAAAAUUUGUCCAUGCUGAUUUUAGCUAUCCAGCCAAUUAUUUUCAAACUUCAUAUGCUGCACAACAUGUUAUUAGAGCGGAGGUUGCAUCUGCAACUUCAGCACCACAUACAGAUUUGAAUUCUAAUGAUUCGACACCAAGUGUUAUUUUUAACGCAAGCCAAAUUAAUGAAAAUUCAGCAACCUCACAUGCACCUUCAUCCGCUAGUGCAGCAAAUAUUUUGCCUCCAAAUUCGGUCCACACUUGGAACGAAUCGGAACAGAGAUUCCAUGAUCACUUUUAUAGUGGAGGUAAUGAAGCAACCUUGACAGAUUUAAAAUGGGUUAAGCAAGACAGAGAUGAAUCUGUCAAUGAUUACUUCAUAAGAUUUAAAGAUGUUAAAGACCGAUGUUUUAAUUUAUCAAUUUCUGAAAGAGACUUAGCCAGAUUGGCUCUAGGCGAUUUAUGUUGUCAUUUUAAGGAAAAGAUUGAAGGUUAUGAUGAUCCUUACAUUAGUCAACUUUACCUUCGAGCUUUGCUCCUAGAGAACAAAUUUAAGAGAGCCAAAGAAUGUUGUAAAGCUCAUCAGUCCAGUACAUAUGUUGAUUGUGAAUCCAACACAUUGGACGAUGAGGAAAAAGAAAAUAAUUCAGAUAUGGAUAAUAAUUCGGUUAUGUUGAGAACCGAAUUGAAUAAAGAUUGUUCCGAAUUUAUUGUGCCACAAGAAACAAGUCUAGCUGUACAAAAACAAAUUAGAUUUAGUAAAACAGCUAUACUUGAUUUUUCUGAAGUCGAAGGUGUUGUACAAUUUAAUAGUGACUAUCGUACUAUUAAGCAACAUGUUCUGGCUGAGAAAAGUAUGAGCAGUGAAGAACAAUGUAUUGUCGAAGAACAUGACAAUGGAGGCAAGAAAGGAACAUUGGCAUGUCAACAGAAGGUAAUUUCCAGCAAUUCUGGAAAGACCGGUCUGACCGGCUCUAUAAACCGGUCUGACCAAUCCAUGAAGGAUAUGAUUGUGGGCUGCCAUCAAGAGGAGAAGCAUGAUAUUAUCCACAUCAAAGUUCCACGCCUCUCCAAAAUAUUUGACAAGGUAUGCUGCACAAGUAAUUUAUUUAAUUCCCAAUCAGAUCAUAUAGUUUCAGUUGAUGCAUCUAGUAGCAAAAUCAUUGUGAGUAAUCCUUGAAGAUCGAUUGAGGAGGGUAAUUUACUUGCUAGCAGCAGAAUAAUUUCAGAUGUUAUCGGCCAAUGCAUUGUGAAAAUUAGAAAGGCUGAUAACAGUAAUAUUUUGGUAUUUAAAAUUGCUCCAUCAUCAUUGCCAAAAUUCUUCUCUAAAUGGUUUACUUGUGGUCACUCUGGAAUUAAAAGCAAGAAACCAAAACCGAAAAGUGUUGUGAAAUCCGAUGAUAAUGUUGUGAUAAGCUCUAAGGCAUCGGAUAUGAGAAGCACAAGGAAAGGAAUAGCCGAAUGGAUCAAUGAGAAAUCUGAACCAUUCGUUUGCUUAGCCUUAAAACCUUCUCCACAAAGACAUCGGUUAGAGAAAAUAAAAUAUACUUUUGAUUUGAAUUUGUGUGAUGAAUUAUUUGAUAUCUUGCUUGAACAGAAUUUUAUUAAACCUUUUGAUCACAAAGUCUUGAUGUCAUCUCUUGAUGCAAAAGAGCAAGAUUAUUGCAAGUUGCAUAAUUCAUUUAAUCGUAGUACUCAGAAUUGCAAUAUGUUUCACUAAAUUAUACAAUCGGCCAUUAAUUCUAGACGAUUGUAAUUUAUUCAUGCACAAGAGAAUGACCAGUGGAAAUCAAUUGGUCUUGAUGACAAGAAGUUACAAAAUUGGCCAGCAUCGGCCAGUUCAUGUAACAAUGAAAAUAUUGGUGAAGAGGAGGAUUCUAACUUCUUGAAUAAUGAGAACAUCGUCCAUGAAUUGCAAGUUGAGGAUAUUCUCAAGGACGAUGAGCUUAGUGAAAUUCCAGGGGACACUGGGGGGCAACCAGGAUAUUCACAAUCAGAACAAGAACCGAUUACUCCUGCUGUGCUGGUAGAAUCGGUCAGACCAGUUUGCUCAACUGGUCAGACCGGUACCAAACAGGUAAGACUGGUUGCCUAAGCCGGUCAUACCGGUUAUGAUCAAGGACGCUCAGGAAAACUGAAAUCAGAGCAUUCUAAGAUCAAUGGAGGUAAAGACCGUUUUAAGCACGAGGGCAAGAAGCUGAAACUCAAUUUUGAUGUACUUUUGGCUAAAUAUUUAAAACAAAACGAGGCCAAGCAUGCUAAUCGGUCAAAUGAUGAUAAAUCAUCAAAGAUGCCUCCUAAACAUAAUUCUAGGAGUUGGAAUUGGCAAGGAGAAAAGUUUCAUUCAGCAGCAUCAUAUUCUCCUUUGAGAUCAUCAAUGCCAGUUCCAUAUUCUCCACAUCCUACUAGUUUUUAGCCAUAUUCAUCAUGGGGGUGGAAUGAUCCAUGGGCACAUACUGCUUCAUAUUUUAGACCAUAUCGUGUAGAGUAUGCAGCUCCAAAAGAGCCAUCAUGUGCAAGGCAGCCUUAUGUUGAAAAUGACCAUUUUAAGACUAAGAAUCGGUCUAGAGUUGAAAACAAGAAAAAUGUUGUCAAGCAAAUUUAUGUGGUAAAAAAUGAUGGCCGUAAAGGUAAGUGUUCAGAUAUGAAUGCAAUUGAUGAAAAGCCGAUUCAUGUGUUAGAGACUUCGGCUAUUGAUGGCAAAGGAAGGGAAAAAUUGAGUGUCGAUAUUUCUAAUGCCAAAUCUGAACAAAGUGAGUUGAAGAAGCCCGAAAUCAAGAAAAAAUCAUUGCUGUCCAGAAUUGAAGCAAAGCCAAGCCAUCCACUUGAUUCAUCAAAUUGGCAAAAGAAGAAGCUCCGAAAACUCAGUGUCCAAGAGUUGAAACAAAGGAACAUGGCAUGCGUUCCUAAAGGGAGUAUUCAAACUCAAGACAAGGAUGAUGGUCCAGCAAAAGGUGCAAUGCAAUUCAAGAAGAAGAGGAGGUCCAAGAGACGAUCUCCAAAUAUAAGGACAUGUCAAUAAUGCAGCUGAUAUUUUGGCAAAUCAAAUAUCUGGAUAUAUGAUUAGAAAAGGUCAAGUUCAUAUCAAAAGGCCGAUGUUUGUUGAUGCCAAAGUAUGCUCUCUGGAUAGACCGGUCCAACCGGCUCGGGAGACCGGUCUAACCGGAUUCCAAUACCGGUCUGACCGCUUGUAAGACCGGUCUGACUAUUUUUUUCUGUAGUUCUUGCCAAUCUUGGUCAUUUAUGCUGUCAUUGUGGCAUAUUCAUUUAUAAGACCGAUUGCAAUAUUUUGCACUAAUAAGCAAGCCGAACAAGUUUCUUUUAUUUCGGCUAGAGUUUUUUGAUUCAUGGAUGUGAGAUUGGUGGACAUUAUCUUUAGUCCUUAUAUGAUCCCAAUCUUAAUUCUGGAAGACAUUGAAAGGAUCAAAUUACUAUUGAUCGUAAUUUGGUCAAUUUGUGCAUCCAUGGUCAUUUGAGGAUGUGAGAAUGAUUUUGAAUGAUAUUUCAAGUACUUAUAGCCGAGGUGAUGUGUACUCAGGCUCGUCAUCUCACUAAAGAUGUAGGAACAUUACCAGAAAGAUGAAACUAUUGUUGAGCAAUAUCAAGAUAUAUGAUUGAUGGAAUUCCUUCAUCGUUGAAGACAAGAUGGGAUUGGUGCGUCGGUGCUUUUCAUUGUUUCAGUGCAAUUUCGGCUUUGGAAAAAUAUUUCUUGGUACGCAAGCUUUACCAAGAAACAUGGGGACAUAUGUUGGCACUCAAAAUUGGCAUAAGACAAGAUUUGCUGGCAAUCUGGGCGAACCGGUCUGACCUGUCAUACAAACCGGUCAGACCGGUCAGGACAACUUUGUCAAAUUAUCAAUUGGACUUCACCAUGGCGUAGAUCUCAUCAAGACGAUCGAAAUGCAUAUAUAGAACGUCCAAUUUGGAACCCGGAUGAGGAAAUUAUGCGUCCCGGAAGACCUGCACCCCGGCCAGACCGGUCCAGGGCGGUCAGACCGGUCCAGAGACCGGUCCGAAAAGUCCAGUCCGAGUUAGGAGUUGUAUUUUGAUGCGGGAUUUGUAAGGGUUUUGACUCCUAAAGAGUACAGACCACACCACCCUAUAAAUAUAAAGGGUUAUGGCCGAUUGAUACACAUCCAAUCGAACAAAUCAACUUUUACCUCUCUACAAACCCUAAUUCUCUUCCAACCUCUCCAUGCUGUUCGUCUUCUGAUUUCCAUGACCAGAGAUGGCAUCCUAAGGCUUGCUGGUCAACCUAGGGCACGUCCAGCGAUGUACACACCCUGACGGGAUCCCUCCCG